AUGCAACUGUUAUUUGCAUUGCUUCGUGGGCGGCACCCAUGGGAGGAGAAACAGCUUACACCGGACGCUAUCCAAGCAUUGGACAGAAUUGAAGAGCUAGCGAACCAGGGACGACUGGAUCGCUGGGACCCAGGCCAGCAAUUGGGCCUUUACAUCGCGAUAACUAGUAAGGGGACCGUUGCGGUCCUGGGUCAAGGCAAUCCAGAAAGGCCUUCGAUAUUGUUGUGGCUGACCUCCAACCAGGUAACCACUGCAUUUGUGACAUACACACAAGCAGUGGCCGGAAUAAUAACCAAGGGUCGCGCCGCAUCAGUUAGGCACUUUGGAAAGGACCCGGAGUAUAUCUGGGUGCCCAUUAAAAAACAGCAUUGGGAGGAGGUUAAUCAGUAUCAGGAACACCUGGCGCUUGCAUUAGAAGGAUAUUCGGGGCGUGUCUGCCAUGGUCCCGCCCUGGAGCUAUAUAGACACCUGCCUGUGGUUAUGCCCAGCAAAUCCUUGAGGGUGCUCACGAAACCACAGCCCGGUCGCACAGUCUUUACUGACGCGUCCUCCCGCACGUGUAUGGCGGUAGUGGUCUGGCAGGAGCCCGAGGGCUGGCAACGGGUGAAAAUAUACAAGCCAGGUACUAGCACCCAGUACCUGGAGGCUCGAGCUGUUGCCCAUGCCCUGGGAUUGUGGCCGGACGAGCAUGUGAACAUCGUUACCGACUCUAUGUUCGUGUACAAGCUCUUACAGCACAUGGCAACUCUGGGCUGGGCAGGGACACAAAUAGCCAUAAUGCUGGAGGAGGCACUCCAAGGGAGAGGAGCCACGGUAUCUGUGCUCCACGUGCGGAGCCAUUCUGGCAUCCCUGGAUUCUACCAAGAGGGGAAUGAUGUGGCGGACAAGGUAGCACAAGGGAUAUGGACUGUGCAACAAGCACGGGCCCUUCACGAGGCGAUCCAUAUAGGCGCAAAGGCGCUUGCAAAGAGCUGUGAUAUUACACUGAGCCAGGCGAGAGACAUUGUCGCCACCUGCCCGUACUGCCAAAAGGGAGUACUCUGGGGUGCAGGGGUAAACCCACGGGGACUGAAUCAGGUCUGGCAGACGGAUUUUACCCUCUGCCUGGUGCUACGUCCUCAGCCAUGGUUAGCAGUGACCGUGGACACGUACAGUGGCUAUAUUAUUGCCACUCAACACUGAAAGACAACUGCUCGAGCAAUACAGCAGCACUGGGCAUCGGCUAUUGCCAUAUUAGGCUGGAAGGUCAUUAAGACAGACAAUGGUCCAUGCUUUAUAGCCCAAUCUACCAAACAAUGGGCUGCGGCUUGGGGCAUUAACCUCAAGCAUGGGAUUCGGUACAACAGUCAGGGCCAGGCUAUCCUGGAAAGAGCCAAUCAAACCCUCAAGCGGAAGCUCAAGGUUCUUGGGGAGGGGGAAGGAUAUGCCCAAGGCAUCCCCGUAGGUAGACAGGCAGAAAUACUCAUGAAAGCACUGUACUCAUUAAAUCAUUUCAUUCGCGGGGGACACAGAAUCUCCCAAGAAAAGCAUUGGGCGGUCAAGGCCAUAGAAGAGGGGCCGUGGGUUCAGAAACGAUACCUGGGACGCCCCCUGAAUGCCUACUCCCAGCUGCAGGAGCCGAAGACGACUGAGCAUUGUCGUGCACCCUCGCACAGGGGAGCAGGAGAAGCAGCGCAGAAGAAAUCUCAGUGGGUGGAACAACGACGCCCCAAAAGGUGUAUUCUACUUGUAAUCGCUGUUGCCUUCGCUCUAACUGCUAAGCUUCCGCAAGGUAGCGCUGAAUCGUGGGCCCGACGGUGGGCCAAAGCACACAAUGCUUCCUACUAUUGCCUUCCUACUGGGGUAGGAGGCACUGAUCCGCUAGCAUGCUAUAUGUUCGUAGGGUACAAAGGCGGGGAGGACGGACAAGACUGUCCUCUGGCAGACUUCCUCAGAAACAUCACUGGGAUCACUUUUCCCGAAACACUUGAGGAUCGGGUCAUAGAAGUAAAGGUCAAACUGGCCAAGGGAGCAUCAGAGCUUAGAGUAGAAUCAGACCAUGAUUGGUCCAGAUGGUGGUCUCCAUUUCUAGCACGAGAAAACUUUACUUACUUCUCCCAUCAGGCGAACUUUUCAGGGCAAUUACAAUACUUUAAUGGGACGCACUGGCUAAACAUUCCCCUAAGGUACAACGACCUUGACCAGACGCUCAAGGUGCCGAACGGAACCACGAGAUAUUUUUGCCAAGAUAGGGAGUCCGCAAGGGAGUGGUCCGCCCCUGAAGAUAUGUUUAAAUACUCGGGAUGGGUCGGAAGCGGGAAUAAGUCACAGAGUGCAUUGCGUAUGAUAGCUGUAGCCUACCGACCCAAAUCCGAUAUACCCAUGAGCGAACGGGAGUAUUACACCCCACUAAAGGUACCCUUGGGCUACCUCGGACAAAAUCCCAUAUUAGUAUGGAUCAACCCAAAUAGAACGGAACUAGGGGUGACAUGGAAACCCGGAACACAGGUAGAAAGGGUACCCCCUUGGAUAGAGGUGACAGCCAGGGUGCCAGGAAAUGAUACGAAUAUCACUCUCCCUGGAAGUCUCACUGCGGCAGAUCUAAACAAGUCUAUAGAGUGGUGGCUGCUACAGAGGACGGCUUGCCUAGCCUUCCCAGUGGUGUUAUGGUGUGAAAGAACGGCUUAUAGUUGCAUACCGAUAGGAAGAGAGCUCGGGCUCUGUGCAAUAGGAUAUCUGCACCCGGCGGUGCUUCCUAUACAAAGCGGGCGCCGAAGGAGGGACUCGGACCUAAAAAUACUCGACGAGCCUGAGAUUUUGUCAAACGGCAACUGCACGAGCAUUGGACUACUCAACAGCUACAUUACAGUGCCGGUAGGCAUUCUGUCCGUCUUUAUGCCCUGGCUUACGGGACUAGCCCAAUCUGCCCAGAUAGACAUAAUGUCAUGCCUCAUAAAGGAAAACAAUGAAGCGGUUAGACAGCUAAGCAGAGAAGUUGCCGAAGGAUUCAGGGACGUAGCAAGAAUACUCAAGGCCCAACAUGAAGCAAUUGAGGUGCUUUUCGAGAUCGUGCAGGCUGGGGGGUGUAGAUCUCAAAGGUUCCGGAAUUUGUCCUUCUGCUGCCUAACCACAGAGGAUUAUGAAAAGAUAAGCAGACGGGCAGAAGUCAUCCAGCGCAUAGGGCACGAUCUAACUAGAGUAAUCGCAAAGAACCCGAUAGGCUGGAAUUGGUUAACAGACAUCGGUGGGAGCGUAUGGGCAUGGCUGAUGUCAUGGCUCAGCUGGGAUUGGUUAUGGAAGCUAGGCAUCGUAGCGCUGGUAGUGCUUGUAGUAAUUUUUUGUGGGACACCGCUAAUAACAUGCAUUUUAAGGCAUAUUAUGCGGCAAAUAGCUUCGCUGCGCAGAUGGGACCGCUCACGGAUGCAGUACCACCAGCUUGCUCAAGACCUAGAGCUUUAA